UGACGAAGACGAAGCUAUCCAACAGGUCUUGUUUUAGUUUCAGUUUGGCGUUUCACUUUGAUAAGAAGCAGAUAGUAGAGUACUUAGGCACAUCUAUUAGGUGACCACAUUGAUGAUACACCCAACCCCCAGGAUACGUUCUUGAAUAAUUUAUUGAAUCAUGAGUCAUUUCGUUGUGCACCAGUCAUCUGUGGACCAGUCGAAGCGCCUCCAAUUUGUAGGCCUACACAAACCACAGCUUUCUCAAGGUCGACGACCUUGACUUAGUUUGGCUGCUGACUUGUUUCCUUUUUUUCUCUCUUUUUUCGUCAAUCAACAAACAAAAAAAUUCCGCCGGUAUUAUUUUGACAUUGAGAGAAAAUGUCUGGCUACCCGCCACCGCAACAGCCACCUCCAUAUGGAAUGCAAAUACCCAUGCAGCAGCCAGUCCAUGUUAUAAUUCCACAACAGUUGGGGCCACAUUCUCAAACCAUAACGUGCCCUAGUUGCCAAAAGGUGAUCACGACUAGAGUUGACCAAGAAGCGACGAUCAAGACACAUCUAUUUGCUCUAUUACUGUGCGUGCUAAUGUGUUGGCCCUGUGCCUGUAUUCCGUACUGUACAGAUUCCUGUAAGGCGUCAAACCACUACUGUCCCAACUGUGAUGCAUUUUUGGGCUCUCAUGAUCAUUAACCUCAUCUAAAAUUAAUAAAAAAAUACGCAUACAUUUGCUCGUGCAAGCGGCUUAUAUUUAUAUACAAAAUCUUAGAUUUUAUUCCAAGUAAUAUUUCCUUAUAGAGUCUUAGACACAUUUAUAUGUGUAUGCAUAUUGAAGUAUUAAUAAAUUCAAGAAUAUUUUUAAUGGUUUGUUAUCUCAGUAAUACCUUUCAAUUAAAAUUCUAGUUUUUGAAGCAAAUCAAAAUUGUGAUGACUUCUUCUUUGAAAUACUGACUGUAAAAUUUUGGAAUAAUGAAAUUCUGUAAUGUAUUGCCUUAAAUAUUAUCGUAUUGAAUCACUAGCUAAGACCAUAAGUUCGUUGAAACAGCACACCAUAAUUCCAAUCAAACCUGAAUGCCAUCUUAUUAAGUAUUUUUUAUGCUAUUUCCUGAACUACUUUUAGACAUUAUAGAUUACUAACUGUGCAAUUCAUCUUUGUCUGCUACUUAGAACAAAUCAAGCUAUGAAUAUGUGCUAGAAUUGAGAAACAAAACUAGGUACCUAAAAUCUUCACUUCUGAACAUUCCGUUUUUUGUCAUAAAUUUCUAAUUUUAACUCAUUCUCCUCUAGAAUGAAAUAAAGAUAUUUGUAUUUAAUAUGCGAGUAACCUACUUUAAUGAGAUUUUCAGUAGCAAUCUGCCUAUUGGGAAAAAACAAAUAAUAUGAUCGAACACGCUCGGACGUACAGUCUGAAUUUUAAACUUUGCAAGUGUACAUACAGUAGGCCUAGUUAACAAGUGUUGUUCUAUUGUUUUUAUUUAGUUAUGAACCGGUACUGUUUAUAAAAUGAUUCAUCAUUACUUUAUUAAUAGUUCUGAGCUAUUCCAAGUUAAAUAAGUUAGAUUGAAAAUGCAAUCUGCCAAAAAUUACAGUGGAAGUCUAGUUACACAUACAUCGAUUAUUUUGGACUUACCAUUUUUGCCGUCCUCAUAAAUGUUAUCAUGUAUUUGUCAUGUUACGUUCAAUCUGGGAGUAUUUAUAAGCACGGCCAAAAAUCGUGCGUGCAAAAAUCGAUGUGUGUAACUGCCGGAAGACGGUCCGUGUCGUUAGCAGAUUUUAUUAAUGGUUCUGAACUAGUCCAAGUCGAAUAAGUUUGAUUUGAAAGAUAAUCUACCAAUUAUAUAAAUUUCAAUGGAAGACGGAAAAUUUUGUGAAAUAUGUAAAAUAUGAAUGUUAAUAUAUCAAAUCUUCAUGUUAUAUUAAAUUAUGUUACCGUACAUUAAAUCUUGAUGUUAUUUCAGAUCAUAAUGUUUAAAAUUAAAACUCAAUUUAGAGCAGAAGCAUUUCAAGACUUGAUUAAAAUACUUCAUGGAGAUUUUUAGUAACUAAAAAAGUAACAGAAUGCAUUUCUGUUAUUUUAGGAUGUGAACCAAUGUUCAAUAAUACUGUAUAUAGGUAGAGCCUUCUUAUAAUUUAUUCCAAUAAUUAUACUCAUAAUUUGUAGUUGUUAUUUCUAACCAUGAAACAAUUUGAAAAAUCAAUGUUAUUCAUUGAAUAAAAUUUUGCUAUCUUGAAAA